AUGACGGAUGAGACAUGGAAAUUUAAUGUGAUUUCCAAUAUAAAUAAGCAUGCCUUGCAUGACAAGCUAGCCGAUCAUCCCAUUGUAUGUCGCCUUGUGGAGAGGGAACUUGUUUCGAACACGAUAUUAAACAUGGUGGUGCUGAAAAACAUACCCGCAUCUUUGAAACGGAAAAGACAUAUACAUAUUUCAAAUAUCAAGCAAAUAUACAUCGUGCAUGCUCGAGACGACAAGGUUGUAAGAGGGCCAAGAUUUGAGAUGCAACAACUCUUAAAACUUUUGGAUGAUGACCACUAUGUUUUGGAGUAUAUAGUUUGUAAGGAUAAAAUCAUCGUUCGAGAUAUAUUUUGGAGUCAUCCUGAUUUCGUCAAGUUGUUCAAUACCUUUCUCUCUGUGCUCAUUAUUGACUCAACAUACCAAACAAACAAGUAUAGAUUUCCACUCUUGGAAAUUGUUGGUGUUACUUCUACGAAGAUGACUUAUUUAGUCGAUUUUGCGUUUUCAAAAUUCGAAAUAGAGGACAACGCUACAUGGGCUUUGGAAAUGUGA